AUGGACAGCAGGGAUUUGACAAUAGAUGUGAUCAUCUUAACAGAAACUGUGGUUGGAAUCCUGGGCAAUUUGUCACUUCUUUGCCAUUAUAUCAGCCUUUACUUCACUGGGUACAGGUUAAGGUGCACAGAUUUGAUGCUUAAGCAUCUGAUUGUAGCCAACUCCUUGGUCCUCCUCUGUAAAGGCAUCCCCCACACAAUGGCAGCAUUUGGGUGGAAACAGUUCCUCAGUGAUGCUGGAUGCAAACUUCUUUUCUUUCUUCACAGAGUCGGGAGGGGAGUGUCCAUUGGUAGCAUCUGCCUCUUGAGAGUCUUUCAAGUGAUCACAAUCAGUCCCAGGCACUCGAGGUGGGCAGAACUUAAAGUAAAAGCUCCCAAGUACAUUGUUCCCUCUAUUCUCCUGUGUUGGAUCCUACAAAUGUUGGUAAAUACCAGUUUUCCUAUCUUCAUACAUGACAAAUUGAGCAACAAAAACAUCACAAACAGAAAGGGUUAUGGAUACUGUACUUCUGUUCUUCAUGACCAAGUCAGCAAUGUAUUAUAUGGAGUAUUGUUAUUAUUCCCUGAUAUUUUAUGUUUAGGGUUCAUGCUCUGGGCCAGUGGCUCCAUUGUUUCCCUGCACAGACAUAAGCAGAGGGCCCAACACAUUCGGAGGACCAAUGCCUCCCCUACCUCCUCCCCUGAGUCCAGAGCCACCAAAACCAUCCUUCUCCUGGUUAGCACCUUUGUCUAUUUUUCCACUCUUUCCUCUGUUUUUCAAGUUGUUUUGAGUCUUUUUGAUAACCCCAACCUGUUCCUUGUUAACAUUACUACAAUCAUUGUUGCCUGCUUCCCAGCUCUCAGUCCCUUUCUGCUCAUGAGCCAUGACUCUGGUAUACAGUCUCUACUUUGCAUGGAUUAG